AUGUUGUUUAAAUCGCUAAUUUCAUCGGCUUUUAUAGCUGCUACUUCAUUAAUCACCACUGCUGCUGCUGAAGAUUUACCAACAGUUGAAAUUGUUGGUAACAAGUUUUUCUACUCAAACAAUGGUUCUCAAUUUUUUAUGAGAGGUAUUGCUUAUCAACAAAAUAACUUGAAUUCUUCUGAUUCAUUUAUUGAUCCAUUGGCUGAUCCAGAAACUUGUAAAAGAGAUAUUCCAUAUUUGGCUGCUGUCAACACCAACGUUAUUAGAGUCUAUGCUUUGGAUGUAGAAGCAGACCAUACUGAAUGUAUGGAAGCUUUACAGGAAGCUGGUAUUUACAUUAUUGCUGAUUUAUCUCAACCUGAUGAAUCUAUCAACAGAAAAGAUCCUCAAUGGACUUUGGAUUUGUUUCAAAGAUAUACUUCAGUUGUUGAUGCUUUCCACAACUAUACCAAUGUUUUGGGUUUCUUUGCCGGUAAUGAAGUUACCAAUGAUGAAACAAACACUGAUGCCUCUGCUUUUGUUAAAGCUGCCAUUAGAGAUACCAAGGCUUAUAUGAAGGCCAAGGACUAUAGAUCUAUUCCAGUUGGUUAUUCAUCAAAUGAUCAUUCUGGUAUUAGAGUUGCUUUAGCUGACUAUUUCGCUUGUGGUGAUGAAGAUGAAAGAGCUGAUUUCUUUGGUAUCAACAAUUAUGAAUGGUGUGGUAAAUCAAGUUACAAAUCGUCUGGUUAUGAAACUGCCACUGAAGAUUACAAAGAUUUGGGUAUUCCAAUUUUCUUUUCAGAAUAUGGGUGUAAUGAAGUUACUCCAAGAUUAUUUACUGAAGUUGGUGCUAUCUUUGGUGAUGAAAUGACUGAUGUUUGGUCUGGUGGUAUUGUUUACUUGUAUUUUGAAGAAGAAAACAAUUACGGUUUAGUUUCAAUUAAAGAUGGUAAAGUUUCAACUUUGGAUGAUUAUAAUAACUAUAAAUCAGAAAUCUUGAAGAUUAGCCCAUCAUCUGCUCAAGCUUCUGCUGAAAGUGCUAGUGGAACUGGUGUCACUUCAUGUCCUACUUCAACUUCAGUUUGGAGUGCUGCUACUGAAUUACCACCAACUCCAGAUAAGGAAAUUUGUGACUGUAUGGCCAAUGCAUUAAAAUGUGUUGUUUCUGAUAAAGUUGAUAGUGAUGAUUAUGCUGACAUGUACAGUUAUGUAUGUGCCAAGAUCGAUUGUGGUGGUAUUAGUGCUAAUGGUACCACUGGUAAGUACGGUGCUUAUUCACCAUGUUCCGCCAAGGACAAGUUGUCAUUUGUUUUGAAUCUUUAUUAUGAAGAUCAAAAUGAAAAUGAAUCUGCUUGUAGUUUUGAUGGUUCUGGUUCAUUGAAGAAGAGUGCUACCACUGCUUCCUCAUGUUCUGCUUAUUUGAAAUCAGCUGGUUCUUCAGGUUUGGGAUCUGUUGAAGGUUCAGUCAGAACUGAUACUUCAGAAGAAUCCGAUACCAAUGGAGGUGGAAAACAAAACUCUGGUUCUUCUUCUGGUGGUUCUGGUUCCUCCUCAUCUAGUGGAUCUUCAUCAAGUGGAUCAUCUACUAGUUCAGGAAAAUCAAGUGAUGGUGUUGCUGGUGGUAUGAUUGGUGUUUCUACCUUGACUAAAUUGGGAGCUGUUGCAAUUUCAAUGGUUCUUGGUUUCAGUUUCGUCUUGAUUUAA